AAGAUGGCGGCGGUAGCGGCAGUGGCGGAGCGGAGGAGGCGGGCCCAGCCAGGGAUGGUACUGCUUUGCUUAGGGGCCUGCCUGGGAAUGACUCUGGCUGUGGACAGGAGCAACUUUAAGACCUGUGAUGAGAGUUCCUUCUGCAAGCGGCAGCGAAGCGUACGGCCUGGCCUUUCUCCAUACCGAGCCUUGCUCGACACUCUGCAGCUUGGCCCCGAUGGCCUCACGGUCCAUCUGAUCAACGAGGCCACCAAGGUGCUGCUCGUGCUGCAGCUCCAGGGCCUUCAGAAGAACAUGACCCGGAUCAGGAUCGACGAGCUGGAGCCCAGACGGCCCCGGUACCGGGUGCCGGACGUCUUGGUGGCCGAUCCCCCGACAGCACGGCUUUCUGUCUCCGGCCGAGACGACAACAGUGUGGAGCUGACGGUGGCUGAGGGCCCCUAUAAAGUCAUCCUGACGGCGCAGCCCUUCCGCCUGGACCUGCUGGAGGAGCGCAGUCUGCUGCUCAGCGUCAACGCUCGGGGACUCCUGCACCUGGAGCACCAGCGGGCCCCCAGGGUCUCUUUCUCGGAUAAAGUUAGUGUCACGCUCCGUAGCAUAUGGGAUAAGAUCAGGAGCCUUUUCGCUAGGCAAGGAUCAAAAGACCCAGCUGAGGGUGGUGGGGCCCAGGCCGAGGACACAGCCGGGGAUGGUGACCAGCCACAGCCAGAGGAGACCCCGGAGAAGGCUGAGCCAGAGGAGUCGGGGGCCUGGGAGGAGACGUUCAAAACACACUCUGACAGCAAGCCGUAUGGGCCCACGUCUGUGGGUUUGGACUUCUCCCUGCCCGGGAUGGAGCACGUGUAUGGGAUCCCCGAGCAUGGGGACAACCUGAGGCUGAAGGUCACUGAGGGCGGGGAGCCCUACCGUCUCUACAACCUGGACGUGUUCCAGUACGAGCUGUACAACCCCAUGGCCCUGUACGGCUCCGUGCCCGUGCUCCUCGCGCACAGCCCACAGCGGGACCUGGGCAUCUUCUGGCUCAAUGCCGCUGAGACCUGGGUCGACAUUUCCUCUAACACGGCCGGGAAGACCCUGUUUGGGAAGAUGCUGGACUACCUGCAGGGCUCCGGGGAGACCCCCCAGACGGAUGUGCGCUGGAUGUCGGAGAGCGGCAUCAUCGAUGUCUUCCUGCUGCUGGGCUCUACCGUCACCGACGUCUUCCGGCAGUAUGCCAGCCUCACAGGGACCCAGGCAUUGCCCCCGCUCUUCUCCCUCGGCUACCACCAGAGCCGCUGGAACUACCGGGACGAGGCCGACGUGCUGGACGUGGACCAGGGCUUCGAUGACCACAACCUGCCCUGUGACGUCAUCUGGCUGGACAUUGAACAUGCCGAUGGCAAGCGGUACUUCACCUGGGACCCCAGCCGCUUCCCGCAGCCCCUCACCAUGCUCGACCAGUUGGCUGCCAAGAGGCGGAAGCUGGUGACCAUCGUGGACCCCCACAUCAAGGUGGACUCUGGCUACCGGGUGCAUGAGGAGCUGCGGAACCAGGGGCUGUACGUGAAGACCCGGGAUGGCUCCGACUACGAGGGCUGGUGCUGGCCAGGCUCAGCCGGCUACCCUGACUUCACGAACCCCUCAAUGAGGGCCUGGUGGGCCAACAUGUUCAGCUUUGAUAAUUACGAGGGCUCGGCCCCCAACCUCUACGUGUGGAACGACAUGAACGAGCCGUCGGUCUUCAACGGGCCCGAGGUCACCAUGCUCAAGGACGCCCAGCACUACGGGGGCUGGGAGCACCGAGACGUGCACAACAUCUACGGCUUCUACGUGCACAUGGCAACUGCCGAGGGGCUUGUGCUGCGCUCGGGGGGCGUCGAACGCCCCUUUGUCUUGAGCAGGGCCUUCUUCGCGGGCUCCCAGCGCUUUGGAGCUGUGUGGACCGGGGACAAUGCUGCUGAGUGGGAUCACCUGAAAAUCUCUAUCCCUAUGUGUCUCAGCCUGGGGCUGGUGGGACUCUCCUUCUGUGGAGCGGACGUGGGCGGCUUCUUCAAGAAUCCGGAGCCAGAGCUGCUUGUGCGCUGGUACCAGAUGGGUGCCUACCAGCCAUUCUUCCGGGCUCAUGCCCACCUGGACACCGGGCGGCGAGAGCCCUGGCUGUUAGCGACCCAGUACCACGACAUCAUCCGAGAGGUCUUGAACCAGCGGUACUCCUUGCUGCCCUUCUGGUACACCCUCUUCUACCAGGCCCAUCGUGAAGGGGUGCCCGUCAUGAGACCCCUGUGGGUGCAGUAUCCUCAGGACGUGACCACCUUCAGUAUAGAUGAUCAAUUCCUGCUUGGUGAUGCGUUGCUGGUUCACCCGGUGUCUGACGCUGGGGCUCAUGGAGUGCAAGUCUAUCUGCCUGGCCAAGGGGAGGUGUGGUAUGACACCCAGAGCUACCAGAAGCACCAUGGUCCCCAGACUCUGUACCUGCCUGUGACGCUAAACAGCAUCCCAGUGUAUCAGCGGGGAGGGUCGAUUGUGCCACGGUGGAUGCGAGUGCGGCGGUCCUCGGACUGCAUGAAGGAAGACCCCAUCACACUUUUUGUGGCCCUCAGCCCCCAGGGCACGGCCCAAGGAGAGCUCUUCCUGGACGACGGGCACACGUUCAACUACCAGACACGUCAGGAAUUCUUGCUGCGGCGAUUCUCUUUCUCUGGCAACACCUUGGUCUCCAGCUCGGCAGACUCCCAAGGCCACUUUGAGACCCCAGUCUGGAUUGAACGGGUGGUGAUCAUCGGGGCUGGCAAGCCUGCAGCUGUGGUGCUCCACACCAAAGGGUCCCCCGAAAGCCGCCUGUCCUUCCAACAUGACCCUGAGACCUCGGUGCUGACCUUGCGCAAGCCUGGCGUCAACGUGGCCUCCGACUGGAGCAUCCACCUGCGAUAACCCACGGGAUGUCCUGGGUCAGGGCAGGCAUGCCAAGCUGGUCACUUCCCUCAGCCUUGGAGCCUGGCCCUGCCCAGCCUGUACCUCCCUAAUUCUCAGACCCAGAUUUGGCCCACACCUGGGCAGGAUGAGAGGGUUGCCUCGGGCCCUGAGUCCCUCUUGUGACCUCCUGACCUCUCCACACCACUGACCCCACGCCCACUCCCCACCCCCGUCUUGCCCCAGCCUCCUUGUGUGGGUGGAGCACAGCAUCUGUGAAGACCCAGGGACCACAGGGCCCUUGUUUCCCCUCCGUCCCUUCUGGAGGACCCUGGGUGUCCUGCUCCAGGCCUUGCCCGGUCCUGCCUGGCGAGAGUGAGGACAGGACAUGGCAGCCCUCGCUCACCUCCCACCAAAGUGCCCCCUCUCCUCCUGUGCUUUCCUCCUGGUAUGCCCCCCCCCCCCAACACACACUGGGACCACCUCCCCUCUAAGGGACAAACCGACCGAGGAGCUGGGGGCCCCUUUCCCUUGCCCGCCCUUGCACCCUGCUCCCUCCAGAGCUGCUGUGGUUCCAAUAGGGGUCUGCUCCAUUUGUCCCUUGGGGGAGAGAAGUUUUCCUCCUGAAGAGGGGGAGGUGGGCAUUAAACUUCUUGGCCCCCUCUUGGCCCCUUGGGGGGGUAUUCAAGAUGGAGAAGUCAGUUUGUGGUUUCAUUGAA